CGGCCAAGCCCAACCCGCAUACUCCCUUGUUGUCCGUCUCGCCGCAUAAACUCGCGUCGCCCUCGCCCUCACCCGCCGCCGCCGGUCUCCCACUCCCCGCGCCCCCUUUCUCCGGCUUCGGCCGAGCCUCACGUUUUCCCGCACGGAUCAAACACGCGACAAACCUAGCCUGCUUUCUUCUAAUCCUGGAAAGCUGGGCGGAAAGCACGCCCCCUUCUUCUUGUUCGUCUUCUUCCCCCACUCCAUCUCGCCGCGGAAAUUUCAGUGAACUGGACAAUUAGAUACGCGAGGAGGAUGGAUGUUUGCUGUGCCUACUUCGACCCGGAUUAUGAGAACCUCAACGAGAGGAUUUAUGGGACAAGGGUUAAUGUGGACAACGACUCAUGUGGUAAAUGUACUGUUGUCAACGUGAACAGUCGAAAUGACCAUGACCUCCUUCUUGAAGUGCUCGAAGUUUUGAUUGGUCUCGAGCUGUCGAUCGCAAAGUGUUACAUAUCAUCUGACGGCGGAUGGUUUAUGGACGUUUUCCAUGUGAGAGAUCAGGAAGGAAACAAGGUUUACAGCAAGAAGGCCAUAAACUAUAUAGAGCAGGCAAUAUGUACUAGAGAUUCUCCGAGGUUCACAGUGACGAGAUCGAAUGAGCUUGCGUCCAGACCUGAUGUUGCCGCGCACUAUACAGGAAUUGAGAUGAUUGGCCACAACCGGCCUGGAAUUUUCUCCGAGAUAUCUGCUGUUCUUGCUGAGCAGGGGUGUAAUGUUAUGGAAGCGCAUGCUUGGAGCCAUAAGGACAGCUUAGCCUGUGUUGCAUUUGUGUCUGAUGAAUCAACAUCAUCCCCCAUCAAUGAUCCGAACCGCUUAGCCUCUAUUCAGGACCAUCUUGGUACUGUUCUUGGACCUGGUACCUCAAUGGAUGAAGAUGGGCAUAGUGCAAGAGCUCAUCUGCUUGGGGCUGAUGGCCUGACAAGUCAUCCUGAGCGUCGGUUGCACCAGCUAAUGUUUUCUAGUAAAGAUUUUGAUGGACAUCCAGGAAAGGCAUGUACUGCCUUCCCAAUGCUUAGUUUGGAUGGUUACAAAAAGGGCAGGAGGACAGUUGUCUCUGUUGAUCGGUGCAAUGAGAAAGGAUACUCAGUUGUAAAUGUGGAAUGUGUCGACCGGCCAAAGCUGAUGUUUGACACUGUGUGCACGCUUACGGACAUGCAAUUCAAUGUCUUCCAUGCCUCGGUUUCUUCCCGUGGGCCUUUUGCCUGUCAGGAAUACUACAUCAGGCACAGGGAUGGACAUAUUCUAGACACUGCAGAUGAAAGAUGCCUGGUUGUGAAAGGUGUGAAAGCUGCAGUCGAGCGUCGAACUUGUGAGGGUGUGAAGCUGGAGCUAUGCACGGAGAACAACGCUGGUCUCCUCUCGUACAUCACUAGGGUCCUCCGGGAGAACGGGUUAACCGUUACACAGGCAGACAUCGCGAUGGAAGGAGACAAGAUGAAGAACACAUUCUAUGUCCAAGGCAUCUCAGACAACAAGAUCGACAUGAAUGUCGUCGAGUCUGUUAGGAGGGAGCUUGAGCCCCUGCCCUUCCAGGUGAAGGAUGAUGAGCUUCUGUCCCGGGGGCAACUGGAAGGCGAACCGGUGGCCGAGAGAAACGGCUUCUGCAUCCUUGGCCUGCUGAGGUCGAAGAUAGAGAGCCUGUCUCAUGGUUUCAGACUUUCAUCUCUUCAGGGUAGUUUGGCUCUGUGAAUGUGAUGGUCUUUCUGCUGCCUGAGUUGUGUAUAGCCGUAGAUAGUUCGUGAUGCGCAUGCGUUCUUGUGCAGUGUAUGUUUGUGAUUUUUGGUUUCGAGCAGAUAGUUUGGCCACGCUGCCACUGUUUCCUCUUUUUUUUUUUUUGCGAGGUUGCCACUGUUUCCUUGUUUCUUCUGUACAUGAUACCAGCCGACCACGUUUGCUUUCUUCUCUGCUCAGGAAUUUAUUCA